UCCUUGAUAAAUUGUUUCUAGAAAACAAGGCAAAAUUUCUUCUUGGUACAAACGUGAGUGCGUUCGUGUGAUCUUGAAACGCAGUUACUGAGCAAUUUCCAUUUUAAUGAGAAAUUGCGCAGAAGGUAUUAUUUGUAGCUAAGCAAUUAAUGGUUGAAGGUGCUAUAAUGAAGAAGGUGAUGUUCCAUUUUGUUGAGGUUGAACUCUCUUAGUCUUUGGUGUAGCAGAUGGCAGGGGGUUCAAAUUCAAAGAGGCAUCCUGUCAAUAGGGGUACUGAUUCCAUAAACACACAGGGUAUAAUUGAAGGGAAUAAUCUGCAACCACAAACGCAAGUACAAGAACGUGUUACUGUUUUCGACCAACAUUUCUAUGAUGGAAUCCCAUGCUUUGCCGAUGUUUGCUUUCUCCAUAAGUCAAGCUCAAUCUCAAAGGUCUCAGAGAUGAGUUUACUCUUGAGCAGAGCUGGCACUAUUGGAUGUGGAAAGGUUUUGGAUACCAUUGGGAGCAGCAUCACAAAUUUAAAUGCUGGUAGUGGGUUUGCUUCUGGAGCUGCAAUUAAGGGGAAUGGAAUUUCUAUUUUGGCAUUCGAGGUUGCAAACACAAUUGUCAAAGGUUUUAAUCUUCUGGGAUCUCUAUCCGCAGAAAGUGUUAGGAAUUUAAAAGAAAAGGUGCUUCUUUCAGAGGGUGUGCAAAAUUUAAUAUCAGAAGAUAUGAAUGAACUUCUUAGGAUUGUUGCAGCAGACAAGAGGAAGGAGUUGAAAGUUUUUUCUAAUGAGGUGAUUCGUUUUGGAAAUCGUUCGAAGGAUCCUCAGUGGCACAAUUUAGAUCGUUACUUAGAAAAAACUAGCGGACAAUUAAACACCGAAAGACUAUCAAGAGACGAGGCAGAAUCAAUAAUGCAACGAUUGAUGACUUUGGUUGAUUUUACAUUUAAAUUGUACCAUGAGUUAGAUGCUUGGGAUAAACUUCAACAACAUUUUCAGCGUGAUGAUGAUCUUGCCGUCUUGAGCGCGGAAAUUAAAAGCCGAAAAAAGAAGCAAAUUAAUCACUUAAAGAAAAAAUCACUCUGGUCUAGAAAUUUGGAGGAGGUUGUGGAGAAGCUUGUAGAUAUUGUCCUUUUUUUGCAUUUGGAGAUAAUCACUGUGUUUGGCAAUACAGAUUACCACGAACAAUCAAUUGGACACAUGAACAAUUGCCAAAGAUUGGGCCCUGCCGGCCUUGCUUUGCAUUAUGCAAAUAUAGUGCUUCAAAUUGAUACUCUUGUAGCCAAAUCAACCAUGCCUGCUGCAAAUACAAAGGAUUCACUAUAUCAAAGCUUGCCUCCUAAUAUCAAAUUAGUUCUACGUUCUAAUUUACCAUCCUUUCAUGUUGCAGAAGAGCUAAGUGUAGCUGAUGUAAGAAGUGAGAUAAAGAAAACCUUACGUUGGUUGGUCCGCAUGGCCACUAACACAUCCAAAGCACAUCAUAGAUUUGGUUGGCUUGGCCAGUGGGCAAACACAAGGUACGAGGUAAACAAAAAGAGUGGUUUAAUGUGGAUUGAGACAUUCCACCAUGCAGAUAAAGACAAAGUGGAACAUUAUAUUCUUGAAAUUCUCUUAUGGUUUCAUCGCUUGCCAAAUAACCGUGUCUUAUGAUGCUAUUGGUGGCUGAAUAACCGUCCAAAUAAAUCAUUGAUAUUAGGAAUUGUAACUUAUAUUUACACAUUUUUAUGGUCAAUUUUUGUGAUGAAACAGGACGUGAACACCAGAUAUUCCUCUUACUUUUCUUUAAGGAAGUGCGUGUCAUUUUGCACAA